AUGCCUCGAGAUGCCGAGCCCUCCCUGUCAGAACGCACGUUUGUGUUGAAAGCCCUCGAGGAGGGACUGCGGAUCGACAACCGCAAGUUCGAUCAGUUCCGGCCGCUGCAACUAUCCUUCGGCGAUGAGUAUGGCGUCGCAGACGUCCAGUGCGGCAAGACGAGAGUCGUCGCCAAAGUCUCGGCAGAGGUGACGGUCCCGUAUACCGACCGCCCCUUCGACGGCAUCUUCACCAUCACGUCGGAGCUCAGCCCCAUGGUCGCGCCGUCAUUCGAGGUCAACCGCCCAACGGAGACAGAGGUGCUCCUCUCGCGCCUCCUCGAGAAGACGGUCCGCCGCUCCGGCGCCCUCGACACCGAGUCGCUCUGCCUCAUCGCCGGCCAAAAGUGCUGGUCCGUCCGCGCCGACCUGCACGUCCUGUCCCACGACGGCAACCUCAUCGACGCGGCCUGCCUCGCCGUCGUCGCCGCCCUGCGCCACUUCCGCAAGCCCGACACCAGCAUCGAGGGUGAGGCUCUCACUGUGUACACGGCGGCGGAGCGCGAGCCGGUGCCGCUCAGCUGGCUGCACUCGCCCUUCUGCGUCACCUUUAGCUUCUUCGGCGAGGGCGGCGACACCGUCCUGCUCGACACGACGUGGCUCGAGGAGCAGCUCCGCGUCAGCAGCUGCACGUUCAGCCUCAACAAGCACGGCGAGAUCUGCCAGGUGUCCAAGCUGGGGGGCGCCGACAUCGACGCCCCCGUCUUCGUGCAGUGCGCGCAGACGGCGCUCAACAAAUCAAAAGAGUUUACGGACUUGCUGGACCGCAAGCUGGUGGAGGAUGCCAAGAGGAGAGACAAGGGCGGGUUCAUGGCAGAGUUGAGGGCGGAGAACGAAAGGUAG